AUGGCUGCUACAAGCAAUGUGACUGAAAUCAUUUUCUUGGGAUUCUCCCAGAACCGGGAUGCCCAGAAGGUCAUUUCUGUGCUGUUUCUCCUCUUAUACGUGGCCAUCCUCCUGGGUAAUGGUCUCAUUGUGGUGACCAUCAAGGCCGGCAAAGGGCUCACCUCCCCCAUGUAUUUAUUCCUCAGCUACUUGUCCUUUGUGGAGAUCUGCUACUGUUCUGUCACAGCCCCCAAACUCAUCCUGGACUCUUUUAUGGAGAGGAGAGUCAUUUCCCUCAAGGGCUGCAUCACACAGAUAUUUUUCCUCCAUUUCUUUGGUGGCACCGAGAUCUUUCUCCUGACGGUGAUGGCCUACGACCGCUACGUGGCCAUCUGCAAGCCCCUGCACUACACGGUUGUCAUGAACCGAAGGGUGUGUGGCCUCCUGCUGGGGGCGGCGUGGGGUGGGGGCUUGCUGCACUCGGUCGGGCAAACCUUCCUCAUUUUCCAGCUGCCCUUGUGUGGCCCCAAGGUCCUUGACCACUACUUCUGUGAUGUGCACCCGCUGCUGAAGCUGGCCUGCUCAGACGCCGUCCUCGUCGGCGUGCUAAUCGUCGCCAAUGGCGGCUCCAUCUCCGUGGUCAGCUUCACGGGGCUGCUUGCUUCCUACGCGGUCAUCCUGCGCGCCCUGAGGACCCAGACCUCAGAAGGCCGGCGCAAGGCCCUCUCCACCUGCGCCUCGCACCUUGCGGUCGUGGCCCUGUUCUUCGUUCCUUGCUCCUUUGUCUACAUGAGGCCCUGCAUCACCCUCCCUGUAGACAAAAUAAUCGCUGUGUUUUACACGGUGGUCACACCUCUCUUAAACCCCGUCAUUUACUCAUUCAGGAAUGCUGAAGUGAAAAACGCCCUGAGGAGACUGAUGCGGAGGAAAGGGAGUGGGGAAGAGAAAUAG